ACUUCAAGGAUUGCAAAAUUGAAACAAAAAAUCGUUAAGAGCGUAAAUGUAACAACAAAAAAUAUGAACCCCCUGCAUACGGCUCUGCAGCAAAUUUGAACGAAAAUCUAGCUCUUUCAUGUCUUCGGUAUCCAGACUAUUUCCAGUCGGUUAGUGAAACAUGUUGGAAGAAUUCAGGAAAUCACUCAUAUAUUUUCUCGAUAAUUGUUCGAUUCAUGGUUUUCGAUAUCUUGGAAAAAGAUGUAACAUAAUAGGAAAGUAUGUGUCAUAGAUGGUUAGAAUUACUAGACGUAACAUAACUACAUAAUUUAUCUCUGCAGAUCAUUUUGGCUGAUAACGAUAGCAUGCUCGUUAAUAUCGAUGGUACUAAUAUUUCACUACACUUUGGAGAGUUUUGAUGAAAACGUGAACAUCAAUAUCGAAACAUCGUAUUUGAGUUGGAACAAUACAUUCCCUGCUACAUCAAUUUGUUACGCAAAAGGUCGCAGUUUGAAAUCUAUUCAAACUUUUUUGGAAACAUAUUGGACCGCCAAAAACUUAACAAAACCAGCCAGAUUCUCCAGUUUUUUACGUCUCGCUCAAAAGUAUUUGUUCAUCAGUCCCAGUAACAGCAUUGAGCAAAGCGCCACAAUCUGCAGAGGAAUGAACGAAACUUGCAAUCUAGAUCUAGAAACUAUGCGAAUGCUAUUUUUCCCAACGUCCUGUUCGGACGUUUUCAUCGAUGUUUGGUUUCUUGAGAAACCGUACCGGUGCGAAGACAUCUUCAAACUAUUUCAUACGGAGAUGGGACUCUGCUUUAUCUCAAACAGUAUUUUUUCACAUAACAUGGAUUACGAGAAACUACCUUUAAGAUAUACGUACAAAGAUACGAAAAAGACCUUCGAAUUCCGGUAUAAAGAAAUUGAUGCCAUCAAUUUUGAGCUGUUCAUUCACAGUCCUGAGGAACUUCCAUACUCUUUGAUGCCACCCUUCAAACCUCGUAAAUAUGGAGCUUAUAUGCACUACACAUUGAAUACAAUCGAAGUGUACAAUCAUGGGGACGUAUACCACGAGCCGAUAAAAAAACGUGAAUGCAGGUUUCCAUACGAGAAUAUAACGGAAAGAUUACCAUAUAGCUUUACGAAUUGCUUUCUCCUUAAGAGAAUUGAAAUGGAACUUGCCGAAUGUAAUUGUACUAUCCCUACAUCCCCAGUAGAAUACAAAUCGAUGUAUUGUAACAUUAAGGGGCUUGACUGCAUUGCAAAUGCUCGCAUAUUGUUAGCUGUCAAGAAAAUGCUAUUCGACGGGAAAGACCCGUGCAUCCAAUCAUGUUUGGAGAUGGAGAUAAAUUUGUUGGGAGAAAACACUUUUAAUAUGAAAGAUCCGAAAGCACCUGGUCACGUUAUAUUGGAAAUAAUGAACGUACCAACCAGUCGAUACGAAAGGUCGGUUUCGCACACUAAUUUGGAUUUUAUAGUAUCCCUUGGUGGCGUAGGAGGACUAUUUUUUGGUGUAUCGGUGUUGGGCAUUGUAGAAAUAUUUUAUUUUUGGCUGCGAAGAUCAUUGCAGUAGAAACUAUUACCUACGCAACGCAAAGCACCUCAAAUAACAUUCCCAUAUUUUUUUUGGUUAUUUUUUUUUUAUUAAUUUCGCGAUAAUCGCUCUGUUUUACUACACUUUCCGUAAAAGUGAAUUGUAUUUAUUACUUCUGGUUUUAAACGAUUCUCAAAAUAUAUAAAGUGUAAUAUCAAAAAUAUUUGGCAAUAAAGACCAUUUGGUGUGGAAAAUGGUUUUAUUGUAGUAUUCAAAUAUAUGACCCAACCGCUAUGACAACAACUUAAAAACAUAUCUCAGUUAUCUACUUACAAAACAGUUUGAUCCUCAUGAAGUUUCUCAUAAAGCUAUAUAUUUCAUAGCAAAGUUGAAUUCGAUAAUUCUGGCCUUAUUUCCGGUUUUAUAUGAGCCUCAACAUUGUAAGCAAUUUGCCCAUAUAUACGGCUUUAAAAUAAUUCCAGCCCAGCUUACCUUUUCUACCAAUCACAGUUUAAUACGAAAUACACUGUGCACUAUUAAUUACAAUCCAUUAGACGCUUCCGAGAAUGUAUGCAGGAAAAUAUUUUCAUCAUUGCAGAAUUAACAACGCAAUUCAACUAAUUCUGAAUAAUUCGCUUUUUAGACUGUGUUAGGUAUGGUUAUCGUUCGGCACUGCACACAUUCUAACUUGUCCCUUCAUAAAAUCCGGAAAUAAUACACCUGGAAAAAAAAAUGUAAAUCUACCGUAUCUGAUGAAUAAGAAA